UUAGCGUCGCACUUGUUACCAUGGUGAAACGUCUCGUCUCGCACUCGUUGGCUGUUCAAGAUUACUAUUAUGGCCUCGAUGGAUUUACCAGCGACCUAUUACGGCAAAGUUGACAAAAGAAACCCGGUCAUUGUCUCUUUUGAGCGAGACAUUAACUCGUUUAUGACCGUGAUGAAACGAGUGGCGUCGUCCACCUUCCAGGACAACGUCUCUUAUUUUAAAGGGAUUACACUGCUGGCUGAGAUCUGGAGAAACUUCAAACCUCGUCUGCCUUUUAAAUUGUACCAGGAGCGCAUGUUACAGAUUGGAGAUUUUCUCACUGGAUUGAAGUUGUACCAGACGGCUUUGUCGCAAGGCUACAGUCUGCACCUGCUUCAGUUUUGCUCAACUAGUAUAACCGACAUCACAGAUGUUGACCACUUUGUCAAGUGCUUUUUUCCAGAUGGUUUUGACACAGACCAAGAUGUCUUUAUCAUGAAGGUCCGUUCAAUGCUGGGCUGUGCGCUGUGUAUAUUUGAGUUGGAGAAAAGGCCCAUGGUCCUCAGCCAGAAGGGGCUUUCGAAACUGCUGCAUGUGCUGAACUUCAUCAGGAUAAUGAUGCAGGCUUUUCAGCAGAACAAGCACCUCUGCUGGAUUAUUUAUAAUGGCACGUUGCAUAUCUUCAAAAUGUGUAGCUACCUGAUGGCGUUGAAUCAUAGUGCAAAGGCAUUGGAGUACCUUCUAUGGGCGACCCUGUCUUUGGAGUCAACCAUGCCUGUCAUGACUGUUAAACAUCUGCCAUGGCUUGUGAGACUCUACUGUGCUGUCUGUCACUGUUACUAUGACAACCAAGCUUCUCUACAGGCAGAGGAAUUUGCCCGGAGAGCACUUGGAAAAAUCAAUGACCUUGCAGAGCAAGAGAAGGAUAAGGAGAAUAGUGGUCCUUCAAACAAAGAGACUCAAAUGGCCUUCAGAGAAGCCUCCAUCAAGCUGGCUGCCAUGAUGUUCAAGCGGGCUGUGUUUGAGACCAGGAGAAAACCCAAACACAUGAUUACAAUCAAGAGCAAAACCACUCUAAAGGACUUUCCAAAUAUACCGUGGCCUCGUAAUGCCACAGAGCGAAUGCUGAUGGGCCUCUUUGACAGCAGUGCGGCACAAUUCUUGGGCAUCUGUGAAGCACUUUGGGACAGCUCCAUGCGCCCGCUGCAGGCAAGGCUGCCGGAAGAGCUGGAGCUGCAGGAGGUGGUCCUAGAGCUCUUCGCCUCUGGUAUCAGUAUAUUAUCUGGAGUGGCUACGACCAGUGAUCAGAAACGUCAAGAACAGUCUUCCGUACCGCUCAGUGCACUGUCCAAAACAUCAACUCUGAUGGAAUUAGCUGUUGCAGGAGAACACAAGGUGCCUGUCACUACCGCCGUCAGGUUUAUCAAAUUGAUGAUUCAGUACAAGCAACCGGACGCUUUCGCGGAACAUUCGCGAUUGAUGCUGCAGAUUUUGACUGAUGCUGUCUGUGUCUGUCAGGUUGUGGAAGGGCCUGCAUUCAGGAAGGCAGAAUUUGAGCUCGGCUUGAUCAAUGGUUUCAGCACACUGAAAUCCUCCCAUAGAAGGCGGCUGAGAGACGACUUUGACCGGUACAGGGGGCCGCUAGAUUGCAUCAUUGGCCUGACAGAGACUCUGCACAAGGCAGUUUGUGAUUCUGUUCCUGAGGCGCAGCCGGAUAUAGAGCUAGUUUGGGAUGUUUUGCUCUUUCUGUGGGGAAAGCUGAAGCUGGCGAUGCUGAUGGAUCAGAUGAAUAAUCCAGAAUUCACACAGGACCACGACAAGUGGGCGUGGUGCCUAUCCAUGCAGUGUGAGGUGGCCUUUGCCUGUGACCUGGCAACGGUUGACUGCAUAAAGACAGCAGAGAUGAUCCACAGCUUGGUUUUAUUGCUGGAGAGUGCAGCUGAUCGGAUUCCACCUAAAGUCAAAGCUAGUAGUGAAAAGAAAUAUUGCUUCACUCUGCUUAAGGGGUCACGUACAGAACUUCUUCAGAAAGUCUGCAUGGUCAUUGAAAAAGGUUUUGAGGCUCUGGUCAAGCGAGUGGUCACGCUGAUGCCCCAAGAUGGCUCAGCACCCCCUGACAUUACUUAUUUGCUGAGGCAAGAUGGAAACGGAGAGAAUGAAAUCACAGAGAAGCAAAAGGAAGAAAUAGAAUCAGAUGUUAAAAAGGAUCGAUCCAAUCAGUCUACACAUACAGCUAUGCUUGCGAUCGACAUUCUUCUUGAACUGGACAUCAUCCACCAUCGGGCAUCUCUCAAGUUAAUGCAAUUAAGUGCAGUGACGGAAUCUGAUCUCUUGGACAAGAUCAAGAAGAACAAAGUGUCCAAAGCACUUUUUCUGAUCCAGAAGGCCUUGCUUUUGUAUGAUGGAAGGACGUCAAAUGACUGCAGUGUGACCAGGAGUCUACUAGAGGAAGCCUGUGUUUUAACCGAGAAGGCAGCAACAGAAGAGAGAAAACUGUACAUUGCCAACAACCCAAAGUUUGCACUUGAAAAUAAAAGCAAAGUAAUGAAGGAGGAAAAGGAAAUCCCUCCACCUCGUCCCGUCCUAAUCUCCCGCACUAACCGCUCCUUAACCUUCGCUCCUGCCCCGUACCACAUGGAAGAACAAGUGUGCUGGUACCAACUGUGUGGACGCCCAGCUGAGGGUAUCGACCUGAAAGUCCGCCUCGGAGACUGCAGCCUGGCAGGAACUGGAAAUUUGGUACCAGCAAUAUGUGGUGAGUGGCAGCUGAAGGUGGAGAGGCUGGAACCGAACCAGAAGUAUGUUUUUGCCCUAGCGGCAUACAACUGCCAAGGAAGGUUACUGGGCAAUGCCAUUGGCGCCUCGACCUUCCCACUGAUGACCUCCAUGCCGCAGUCAUUGCUUUCCUCGUGGGCUCACAUAGCACAGAUAGCAUUUCAAACCAAGCAGUUUGACUUUGCAAAGAGAGCCUGCAAGGAAUUAUGGAGCCAUUUUACCCUUCCUGGGAGUGGGCCUGACAGAACACAGGAUAGACUUUCUUCAACAGCACUGCAUAUGAAGUAUCUGCAAUGCUCGUCUCCACUCCUGUGUCAGCUCUUCCUCACAUCCAUCUUCAUUGAGACAGAUAUCAACAUUCGGCAGCAGUCACUCCUCUGCGACUCAGGCAGCAUUUGUGGACUCUUUGUCUGGAAACAGGAAGCCAGACUAGCUGAAUGUGAACGAUUGUUGGUAGCCAUGGACUUGGCUAUGUGGCUAAAUGACAGCAGUUCUGCUGUUCAAGCUGUCGGAAGCUGUUAUGGCCUUUUGCUUCCAUUCAUUUUCCAUCAGAUUCUUUGCGAUCCAGCAAUAAAGUUAUUGUCCAAAUGCUUAAAUGUACUGAAAGAGAACGAAGCUCAUCUCAAACAAAAAUGGCCCAGAAAAACAGUGGAAAGUCUUAUGCACAUGAUUGCCUGUAUCACCAACUAUCUCUCCAAGGCAUGGCGUGGACUGAAAGAGCAUCAGAAGGCCUCUGUGGUGGUAGACUGUGGUUGUGCUCUUCUCCAAGACGUCUUUGAAGCCCAAGAGCGGUUCAGUAGACUUGCUCGCAAACGUGUGUCGUCAAAGAUAGAGGAUCCUGCUGCUGCAAAGGAAGAAAUGAAAAAAUAUGUUCAACUGAAGGUACUGUAUGGGAAGUUCAAGGAGGUCAUCAUGGUUGAUGCAGAUCCCAACAAAGUCAAAGAGAGUUCCCCCUCACUGAGCGGUUCUGAGGAUGCUGCCACGCUGCGUGAGCGGAUCUUCACUAGCAAGCUACAACAUGCUUAUCGAAUCAUGAUGCAGCUUGGCAACCAUUCACAUUUCAUGGAAAUUUCAGCAUUACUACUUCAGAGAGCCUUGGAAGAAGGACACCUAGAUCUUGUGCUGCAAUGGGGUCAAACCAUAUUUGGAUUUCUUGCCAGGAGAGAUGACGAAAUGAUUAUGUCUGCCAAAUGUUUGGAGAGAAACACGCCGCGUGAUAAAGAAACUAAUAAAUCCACUGCUACAGAAGGUCAAUCAUCACAGUCCUUCAGGUACUCUACCAGAGGCCCUGGAGCCACUGGCAGCCAUAAAUGCCCGCCUGGCCAUGGGACAGCUGAGCAGCCAAUUGUCCCCUUAAUUGUGGUACCUGAAAAAAAUAAGACAACAAAAAAGUCUCAGAAGAAACGGAAGAAACUUAGACGCGGUGCACUUCUGACAGCAAGAACUGUCAGGGAGUUGAAGGCUGUAGACCGUCUGAUGACUUCAAUGAAUAAUGUUGUGGAACGGCACUCAAGGAGGCUUCAGCUAAGAAGGAGGUGCUCCGAGGAAAGAGUGUGGCGGUCUCAGAUCAAUUUCAGCAUCGCUCAGGCACAUCUUGCAUUGUUCGAAAAGGAGCUUCACCAAUUGCAUGAAGGAUCCCUGCAAUCAAGAUACAGCCACUUGAAUCCCUCAAUCUUCUUUCUGGCCAACUCUGGUGUCCUUGUAAAAAAGAACAUACAAGAACAACAAGCCACCACAUGCGAAGAUAGUUCAGAGAGAGACUCGUCACACUCUGAUCUGUCAGAUGAUGCUUCCAGCAAAGACUGUGACAAAAAUGAGGAUAGUUCUGACAGUGAAGAUAGUUGUGAGGAGGCAGAACACCACCCUCAAAAGCCUGAGCUGCUGACAAACUUGCCGUUGGACUCACUGGAGAAAGCUGCUUUACAUCUACGCAGGGCCAUGGUAUUAGCCCACCGUGGAGGUCACUGGACAAAUUUGCAGAAAGUUUGUCACACUGUGUGGGAACAAAGCAACAGAAUUAUUGCAUUAGAGCAGACAGCUUCUCAGCUUCAACCUCCCUUCCUGGUUACAUCAGAAGAGUUGCACAACACCUUCAGCCCUCUAUUAGUCCUUGCAACAGAUCUUAUCAUGGACAUGCUAAGCAGACUGGGACUGUGGCAUUUGUACAACAGCGUGACUGAGGAGGAACAAGAGUUCAGUCUCUGUUUUUCUGCCCCACUGGAUGACUGCACCCAAGUGGACAUGCGUUUUGUCCGCGAUUUGGUGUUGCGCACUCUGGAGCUGCUCCAUGACACUGGCAAAUGGGAACGCCUGGCACAUUUUGCCUUAAUUUUCAACUCGUACACCCGAGAACGAUACGCCUUGACAGUAACUCCCCUCUUGGCCCUCGCCCAGAGGAAGCUCCUUGAAAGGAUUCGCACUCACGGAGAGUCAAAGGUCCCACAAAAACAUCAUGUCAAGACUCGCUGGGCCACUGGAAAAGAGGUUACGUACAAGAGUUAUGCAGGGUGCCAGCUGUUCAGUGGGUGGGUUCCUCGGCCUACCCACCAGUCGUCAAGCUCCGUGGUGAAGAUCGCGCUGCCUGAAGAAACUGAGCUCAUAGAUGCAGAAAUGAAGCGCUCCCAGCUCCUUGUGUGUGUUCCUCUGGAUGUGGCGAACACAUUGCACUUUUACCGUCAAGCCGUUGAAAGAAUCCCGCAUUGUCUCCAAGUAUUCCGCUACUGCCGAUCACUACUGCUGCUCCUACUGGCUCAUACGCAACUGAGUUUUGAAACAGAGCAGUGCUGUGACAUCACAUCGGACCUGAUUGACUUCAAUCCCAUACUUAUGACAACACCAAACAUUCAGCCUUGGGACCUGAUUAAUAAAGACUACAUCACUCCAGACACUCUCUACAAUCUCCCCGUCAGCCCCAACUACAUGCCCCGAGUCAUCUCUACAUACUUUGCAUCCACAGAAUAUCUCCAGACUAACAACCAAGAAUCCCUCAGUGUGUUUGCUCUGCAUGAAAUGGGAAACCUGCAUUUCUAUGACUUAAACACACGAAUGGCAAAUUCUUGCUGGAGUAAAGCUGUGGAUGCUGCCUUACACAGCACAGCAGUAAUUGAUCAUUGGGAUUGGGUGUCAUUUGGGGGUGGCACCCUGCAACAAACGCUGAGACAGGCUGGCAUUUGGGGUUGUCUCCAGGCAGCCGUGAUCACUGCUAAAAUUGCGCAGUAUAUUCUAACUUCUGAUAUCAGCCAAAGGACCAAGUGCUGUCUCUUGUCAGCUCACCUUUUCAAGUGUGUGCUGUGUUGCUCCCUGGCUCAUCCCCUGGAUGACCUCCAGUAUGCUUCAUACAGCAUCGGAGAUGAACUACUCCCCGGGGUCGACCUCUUCUCUGAACCUCACAGGGCCGACCUCGCUGCCACUGUUGCCAGUUUGAACUUCGUCUGCCAAUGGCUGUUCAUCGCAGGCUACUACAUAUCGCUUCUACCCACACUGGCACUUCAUCAGCAUCUUGUGGGGACAGUUUGCAGAGACGUUCAACGCAACGUUGAAAGCAGAAUACUUAAGGUACGUGCUCUCACUGAGCUGCACUUCUUCUCUGAGGCCAUAAAGGAAACAGAUCGGCUUUCAAAAGGGGCAGGGAUCCUUCUCCCUAAUGGACGCUACAUUACUCAUGAGUCACGCCAAUCAGAGAACUUGUUUUGUAACAACAAGACCCUCCUGGACAAUGUUCAGGCUUUGGAGGAACUUGUGAGCUGUGAGCUUUCUCCAGAGGUCAGCAUGCUUUAUGGAUCCACAUUGAGCCUCCGAUUUAAUCUUGCACGUGUUCAACUCAUCCUGGCCCUGAGUAGCACUGUAAAUGGCCCACCUGAGCCAGUGCCAGAUGAUGCUGUGGACCCACAAGAGCAUGAACAAGUCCUUAUGGACAUUGAAGUCUUGGACCAACAAGAGGAAAAACCAAAAGUGGGGGGAUUUGCUUCCCAGCAGAGCCUCACUCUCGAAAAAAUCAAGUACCUGCUACUUGAAGCAGCUAUGUUUUUUUUGGACUCCAUAAUGGAGAAACUCCCAUGUCCGUCCUACAGUGAAAUUGAGAAUAUGGAAUUGAAAAUAGAGGCAAAUCUUCUUACGGCCAACCUCUACCUGCAGCAAGGACAUGUUGCACAAAGUUCUGAAAUGGCAGUUUCGUCGUUGGCGCUGUUGCAGGACUUUAAAGAAUCCAUACCAGAUUAUAAGAAACCAACCUCUGAGUUUCCGCUUGCUGGAACUGAAAAUGAAACUGAACAGGCAACUGAACACUGCACACAGCAUGGAGACUGCCCCAGAGCAGUUGAGGCCAGUGAGAGGGUUGGAGGUGCCCUGUGGUUACGUUGCCGCGUGGCGCUGCUCCGUUGCGUUCUUGUACAGGCUGCCGAUGUCACAGUUCUUAAUCCAGGUAAGCUUCAUGACAAGGCGGCUCAGGUGUUAAAGCAGAGCCUGGAGGAUUGUGCUCUCUUAGGAGACGUCGACACUCAAGCCCUUUUGUUAGUUGAAGGUUCACAAUUAAAAUCACGAAGACGCAGGGGAGAUGACGGCUUGUCACUAUUGCAGGAAGCCGUGAGCCUACUGUCAGGACGUAGUCGCAUGCCACCAGGAUCCAGCGUGACUCUCAUUCGAGCCACUUUGCGUCUUAGCAGCCUAAAAAACACACAGAGUGGCAAGCUUCUAAAUUUGACUCAUAAACUUUUGCAAAAACAGCUUUGCGAGUUUGGUGAGAAUGUUUUGUUGGAUGAUGGGAACAUUUCUAUACUUCCUCCCGGGCCCAAAAAUAUUUACCUCCCUUACCUGGCAAUGUUAGAUCAAACAAUUUAGCAAAAAAGGCCACAUUUUGGAUAUCGGUGCCGUGCCAAAGCCAUUGGGGUGCAAGCUGGGACAUCUGGAGCAUAGAACUUCCAAGUCUUAUCAUGAGUGAAUAAAAAAUACGGCCGAUUUUGUUAAGAAUACAAAUAAAAGUGCCAAUAAAGAUGAAUGAGGGACUGCAUUUUCUUCUGCCUGCAAAGUAAUUG